UGGAGGGUGCACAGGGAGAGAUGGGGCCCCAGGGAGCAGAAGGGACCUGUCCUGCGUCCUGUGAAAGUGUUCAGGGCCGUGCAGGACAACCAGGGAUACCCGGACCGGCUGGGGCCAGGGGUCUCCCCGGAGUAGCAGGCCCUCCAGGGACUACGGGGACCAAGGGUGAAACAGGGCACAUGGGUUCCCCUGGGGUCCCCGGGACGAAUGGUGAGAAAGGUGAACUGGGGGCAAAGGGCGAGUGCAACUGCACUAAUGGAGCAGACGGGGCAGACGGUCAACAAGGGAUCCGUGGGCCCAAGGGAGAGCAAGGUGAGUUGGGCCCUAAGGGUGCCGUGGGUCUCAACGGUAAAAAGGGAGACCAGGGUGACCUCGGUAUGACGGGCAUUCCCGGGCCAUGCUCUCCAGCCAUCCAGUCCUCAUUCACCGCCGCGCUCGGCACAAUUUACCCGCUACCGGACAAGCCCGUGCCGUUCACCCAAGUCAUCACCAACCGGCAGUUUCAUUUCGACCCCAUCAUAGGCAUCUACAGGGCACCAGUGAAUGGCACCUAUGUCUUCAGCUACCACCUGGCGGUGUUUAACAAGGUGCUGAAGGUGGGUCUGUUCCAUAAUUUCAACCCUAUCGUGAAGACCACGGAGCCAGCCCUACUGGGCACCACUAACCACCAGGUGGUGCUCCAUCUGGUCAUGGGCGACCGGGUGUGGCUGCAGGUGAAGGACAACAUCACCAACGGCAUGUAUGCUGACAAUGAGAGCAGAAGCACCUUCUCUGGCUUCCUGCUCUACCCCGACUCCUGCGACUUGCCCUUGUUCCGAGACUUUCCUCCAGCAAGCGCUCCAGGUGGUGACGAGGGGGACUAUAGUUGGGGGUAGAUAGAGGGGCCAUCCCCCAUCGCCUUAGUCCGUGAGAGUCAGUUACACAGACACAGGUUACAUACACAUAUAAUUGGAAGACACACAAUCCACACACACAUACAUUAACAAAGUUCUCGAAGUUAACACCAACAGAGCACCUUCUAUAAAUCAAAAGGCAUCUACA